UCGUCGUGGAAGCGGUCUGCUCCUCCACAUCAGACUCCUUCUAUCCCUCCGUGCUGGAGGAGCAAGGAGGAACCCUUACCUCUUGGUUUUUUUUCUCCCCCCCCCCCCUUUCAUCAUCUCUCUAUCUCUCUCUGCGGACACACGGAUAAUCACACCACGACUGGGAAGAUGGUUUUUCUUCUGCUGCGUAUGGUUACCCUUUAUACUCUGAGCGUCUUUAGCGGAGCAUCCGCCGCCACUCACUAUACUUGCAAUGGUCCUCUUGUAUCAGCGUUACCCCAUUCGUCCUUUCAGAGCUCCUCUCAGUCCUCGGUCAGUUACGCUGCCUACAAUGCCAAGCUCAACAGAAGAGAUGGAGCAGGAGGCUGGUCCCCCAUGGUGACUGACCAGGAGCCCUGGCUCCAGGUGGACCUCAGGGAGCAGAUGGAGGUGACGGCUGUCGCCACACAGGGACGUUAUGACAGCUGGGACUGGGUCAGCAGUUACCUGCUGCUCUACAGUGACACGGGCCGAACCUGGAAACAGUACAGGCAUGAGGACGGAGUCGGGAGGUUUGUCGGGAACGUUAAUUCAGAGGCCGUUGUCCAGAACAAACUGUCCCACCCAGUGAGAACACGCUUCCUGCGUUUCGUCCCUCUCGACUGGAACCCCAGCGGCUGGAUGGGCCUCCGAGUGGAGGUGUACGGCUGCUCCUACAAGUCGUACGUGGCAGACUUCGACGGCAGAAGCUCGCUGCUGUAUCGGUUCAACCAGAAGUCCAUGUCGACGGUGAAGGACGUGAUCUCUCUGCGGUUCAAGAGCCAUCAGGCCGAGGGUGUUUUGCUGCACGGAGAGGGGCAGAGGGGAGAUUACAUCACCUUGGAGCUUCACCGGGGAAGACUGGACCUCUACCUCAACUUAGACGACAGCAGGCUGAGGUUCAGCAGCGGCCGUGUUGCUGUCACUGUGGGCAGUCUGCUGGACGACCAGCACUGGCACUCCGUUCACAUAGAGCGCUUCAACAAGCAGGUUAACCUCACAGUGGACUCCCACACACAGCACUUCCAAACCAAAGGAGAAGGACACUCGCUGGAGGUGGAUUAUGAGCUGAGUUUCGGAGGCAUCCCGCUACCCGGUAAACCCGGCACCUUUCUGAGGAAGAACUUCCACGGCUGCAUGGAAAACCUCUACUACAACGGAAUCAAUAUCAUAGACCUGGCAAAGAGACGCAAGCCACAGAUACACAGUGUGGGCAACGUGACCUUCUCGUGCUCGCAGCCCCAGCUGGUGGCUUGCACCUUCCUGAGCUCCAGCAGCAGCUUCCUGUCGCUUCCAUCAGCGGCGGCGUCUGCCACGGGGGGCUUCUCCGUUCGCUUCCAGUUCAGGACGUGGAAUCCAGAUGGGCUGCUGCUUUCCGUGCAGCUGAACCCGGAGCCCCAGAGACUGGAGCUGCAGAUCAGCAACACCAGACUGCAUCUGACCCUUCACAGCUCAGGACAACAGAAGUCAGAGGUCUCCACUGGUCACAGGGUGAGUGAUGGGCUGUGGCACUCUGUGAGUCUGGACACGAGGAACCUGCAGAUCGCUCUGACCGUGGACGGUCAGCCAUGCUCCACAACUGAACUGUGGGAACAAGCGGAAGCAAGAGGCAACUUUUACUUUGGAGGCUGUCCCACCAUGGACUGCCAGGUCCCCACUCCGACCUUCCAGGGGUGUAUGCGGCUCAUAAUCAUCAACACCCAGCAGAUGAAUCUAAGUCACGUGCAGCAAGGAUUGUUGGGAAAUUAUAAUGAGCUUCAUUUUGACACCUGCAACAUAAGAGACAGGUGCCUUCCCAACCUGUGUGAACACGGCGGCCGCUGCUCCCAGACGUGGGGCUCCUUCUCCUGCGACUGCUCGGGAACAGGAUACUCCGGAGCGACCUGUCACAACUCCAUUUACGAGUCGUCCUGCGAGGCCUACAAGCUGAUUGGCAGCUCCUCGGGCUUCUACUCCAUUGAUCCAGAUGGGAGUGGUCCCCUGGGGCCCACACAGGUAUACUGCAACAUGACAGAGGAGAAGGUGUGGACGGUCGUGGCCCACAACAUCUCGGCUGCGGUCACAGUCCAGAGCUCCUCGCCUCAGAAACCUCACGUCAUGAGGUUCAACUACAGCGCCUCGGCCGAGCAGCUACGCGCCAUCGUGUCGGGGUCAGAGCAGUGCCAGCAGGAAGUGGUGUACAACUGCAGGAAGUCCCGUCUCUUCAAUACAAAAGAUGGCAGUCCGCUGUCCUGGUGGCUGGACCGCGAAGGAGAGAGGAGGAGUUACUGGGGAGGCUUCCUGCCCGGGGUCCAGCAGUGCUCCUGCAGCCUGGAGGAGAACUGCAUCGACAUGAACUACUUCUGCAACUGCGACGCCGAUACAGACGCAUGGGCUAAUGACACGGGAAUCCUCUCCUAUAAAGACCACCUACCAGUCAGCCAGAUCGUGAUUGGAGACACCAACAGAUCGGGCUCGCAAGCCAUCUACCACAUCGGUCCUCUGCGUUGUUAUGGAGACAAGUCUAUAUGGAACGCAGCCUCCUUCUACCAGGAGUCGUCGUACCUUUACUUCCCCACCCUGCAGGCAGAGCUCGCCUCUGAUAUCUCCUUUUACUUCAAGACCAGCGCUCCUUCAGGAGUGUUUCUCGAGAACCUGGGCCUCAAAGACUUCAUCAGAGUGGAGCUCAGCUCUCCCUCAGUGGUGACUUUCUCCUUUGAUGUGGGAAACGGUCCGGCGGUCCUGUCCGUGAAGUCACACCUCCCCCUGAAUGACAGGCAGUGGCACUACGUGAGGGCAGAGCGCAACGUGAGGGAGGCCUCCCUGCAGGUCGACCAGCUUCCCCUCCGCUUCCUGGACGCUCCGGCUGACGGACACCUCCGCUUACGCCUCAGCAGCCAGCUGUUCAUAGGGGGGACGGCGUCCCAGCAGAGAGGUUUCCUGGGCUGCAUCAGGACUCUGACCGUCAACGGCGUGAGCUUCGACCUGGAGGAGAGGGCCAGGAUGACGCCCGGGGUGAGCUCGGGUUGUCCCGGCUACUGCAGCGGCUCCAGCAGCCUCUGCCACAACAGAGGGAGGUGCAUCGAGAAGAGCAACGGCUACGUGUGCGACUGCUCCCAGUCCGCCUACGGGGGCACCACCUGUAACCAAGAGGUGUCGGUGUCCUUCGACAGAGAGUCCUCGGUGACCUACACCUUCCAGGAGCCUUUCUCAGUGAUGCAGAACAGGAGCUCACAGGCCACCAGUGUUUCCACAGAGAGCAGCAGCAGGGCCAGAGAGGACGUCGCCUUCAGCUUCGUCACCUCCCAGAGGCCGGCCAUGCUGCUGACCGUCAGCACCUUCAGCCAUCAGUACAUCGCCGUCAUCCUGGCCAAAAACGGGAGUCUGCAGAUCUGGUAUCACCUUCAGACAGACAGGAGUCCAGAUGUGUUCAGCCCCGCUCUCAGCAACCUGGCAGACGGGCGUCUCCAUCGGAUCAGGAUCCACAGAGUCGGCAAAAACCUCUACGUUCAGAUCGACCAGGACAUCCACAGAAAGUACAUGCUGUCAUCUGAUGCAGAGUUGAUCUUAAUCAGAUCCUUGACAUUGGGCAAAGUCACCAGGAGGGAGAACCUCAACGAGGAAGUGAUGCAAGCGGCUUCUAAAGGUUUCAUUGGCUGCCUCUCCUCGGUCCAGUUCAAUCACGUGGCGCCGCUGAAGGCAGCGCUGACGAACCGGGGAAGCUCACUGGUCACCAUCCGCGGUCCACUGGUUCAGUCAAAUUGUGGAGCUCUGGCAGAGUCCACUUCACACACUCUGCAAGAUCAAGCAGUAACAGCCAAUAAAGAUAAAGAGCCGCGUGGCAAUGGCACCCAGAAGGAUUUGGCAGUGAUCGCAGGUGUGGUCACGGCCGUGGUUUUCAUCGCCGUAUGCGCUCUGGCCGUGAUGAGCCGCCUCCUCUACCAGCAGCGGCAGGCCCAGGCGAGCAGCGGCGGCGGCGGCGACAGCAGCGGCACCAUCAAAGAGGAGCACAGACACAGCAUGUACACAGACUACAGGACAGAGCUGCACCUCCACAACUCAGUCAGGGACAACAUGAAGGAGUACUACAUCUGACUACAGCGUACACCCUUUGGCCCUAAGUUGCAAAAUUUACCUCUCUCUUCAAAAGGAUUAACAGGUGGAUGUGCUGCCACAGCAUUUCGAACAACAAAACAAUCUCCGUGCCCUGGAAGUCCCCCAGGAACACUGCAAAAAGUCCACUCUCUUAACGCUCAAGUACAAGCAAGUGGCUGAACCUUUACAGCUGUUAGUGUAUUUGAUGUUGGUGAAACUGUCCGAAUCAAGCUGCUGUGGUUUCUGUCGUCCCAAAAUGUGUAAAGCAAAAGAUGAAUGUUCUGGCAAAAAUGGGGGGGGGGGGUGGACAGAGGGGACACCGUGAGUGCAGCUGCUGUCCAUCCUGAACGCGCACAACUUAAAAGAUUUAAAAACCCUCCAAUGCUGAAUAUUUCCACAUCUCAGUGGGGACUCACUAAAUUGUACUCGCAAGUCAGGAAAUGUAGGCCAGGCCUGUAAGAUAUGCGCGCGUUUCGCUGCUGUCUUUGUUUUUGCAGUGGUGGUGAAUGUUGUAGAAGAAGAAGAAGAGGAAGAAGAAGAAGAAGAAACGGGGACAAUACUGCCUAUACUGUAUGAGUGCCUAAUUUGCAUACGAGUUUUUAUUUGAACAUUUUUGCAGUUAUUCAUGUGAUUUGCACAGAGGCAGUUGCAUUUACAUAGAGAGGAGCUUAUUGUCAUUCAGUUGUUGCAACCUACACCACACGGAAUAAAAGGAAAUGGGAAUUUCCCAGUCAUGCGCAACAUCUGCCAGUUGACCAUCAGUAAAGUGAAGUUGUUUUCCACUGCACUGUUUGACGCAGCAUGGAGACUGACAAACCUUCAAAAGUCCAAUAAAUAUAAUCUUUUGUUUCCUGGAUACACACCAGGUUUCCAGGUCGAGCUUUGUGCACCAUUUAUUUAGUUGUAGACAAUAUUUACAGGAUGACCUAUGAAAUCAUGGAUUUUUAUGUUGAUUUAAAUUGUGCUAAUUCAUUGUGUAUUAUUUUUCCAGUACAUAAAAACCUGUACCAUGAGAGUAGCAGACAUAAGAAAUUAGUGGAGAGGAUUAUAGUAUUUAAUAAAAAAAAUAAAUAAAAAUGUAAUUUACACAAAUAUGUAAAAUAAGAGGUGUAUGUACCAAACUGCCUUUGUGAGUGUCGCCGAACUCUGCAGGCAGCCAGGAAUAAAAACCACUGCACAUUCUGUCUGAUACUGGUAUAUGAGCAACGCAGCUCCCAAGUAUCUUUGGAUUCUGUGGUAUACAGGCAGUUGUUUGGUGCUGUAUGUACAGGAAGUGUUGGGGGGCAGGAACAAAUGUGACC